GAUGGUUCAGCUGCCUCCUGCCUUCAAGUUAAUCACUUGAUCGUGUCAUUUCGGCCCAUCAAAUCCUUUACUAACAAAAUGAUAAAAUCAGUUGGUUGUCUAUUGAUGCUCCGUAGUCGGUAGGAUUUUGUUUGCCGACUACCACUGUGCUGCCUGAAUGACCGAGAGAGAGUCUGGAGUCUGGACUUUUAUCACUGGAAAAUGGGGUCUGGACUCAGGAGUCUCACCUCACACCUGACCUACUAACAAGUACUAGCUUAGAGUUUGGACAUUUGGUGCAGACGUGCAGUUCGGAGGCAGCUUGCGACCAUUUCUUUUUCGGUUUUUCAUGGAAUACAAAACUGGUACUUUCGUAGAUUUUAGCAAAGCUGAGGUUAAUAUUGAUACCACUCCAUCUUACCUUACGCAAGUUGUUCUAUUUUAAUGGGGCGUAACCCCACCAUAGUCUUCGUCUUCAUAGUCGACCAAAGGCCACACAACAUCUCUCUCUCUCUCUGCAACGAUCUGUGCCCAGGUUAUUAGAACUUUUACUCAACCUUGAAUAUUCUUCUUCUUCUACACCUUCAGAAGCUAUAAUCGUUCAUGCUACUCUGUUGCGUUUCUUUUCUGCAAGCAGAAUUCUCCAGAAUAACGGUUAAAGGACAGUAGUCUUUCCACUUCGUGGGAGAAGGAGGAGCAAGAAUAAGGGGGUUAGUGUUAAGCUUUUCCUUCUAUGGCGGAAAUUGUUGGGCCUCGGUUGUACAGUUGCUAUAAUUGCCGAAAUCAUGUUUCGCUUCACGAUGACGUUAUUUCUAAAGCAUUUCAGGGGAGAAAUGGUCGGGCCUUUCUGUUCUCCCAUGCAAUGAACAUAGUUGUGGGGCCCAAAGAGGACCGGCAGCUGAUGACAGGGCUUCAUACUGUUGCCGAUGUCUACUGUUCUGACUGCCGUGAGGUGUUGGGUUGGAAGUAUGAACGGGCUUAUGAGGAAACACAGAAGUACAAGGAAGGGAAGUUCAUACUUGAGAAGUCGAAGAUUGUAAAGGAAAACUGGUAGCUUUCAUGUGGUCGUCUUGUUCAUCUGUUCUAAUAGUGAUGUAUCAAGCUUUGUGUAGCACAACUUCCUCGGCAUGCAUGCCCACCAGAAAUUAUUGGGUUGAAAUAUUCUUGUGCUCUACAUUAUAUUUGCUUUGACCAAGUGCUUCAACCAUCUAAUCUGCUUGAAGCUUCCCAGAUGUGUUAUCAGGAGAACUUCAUAUACUUAAAUGGUGAUGCAGUUAAAUGGAAUCAUCACCUGUUAAGAGCUCUUGUGCAAAUGAUUUUAUUUGCCAGGUUCUCUUUGCAAUAGAACUCUCUGCCUUUCAGAUAUAGAACUGCAUCAUCUUCUCAUCUCGCUGCAAUUGCCUGAUGCUUUAAAUAUAAGUUUCAAACUUGAAAGUUUUUCUUCAUUUGUAUAUGUAAAUAUUUGUAGUAUGGGCGAAUUUCAUUUUUUUUGGAAGUGUUUCAGAUCUGAAGUUCUCUACCUGGUACAACUUCUUGUUAGUUUAUUUUAACAAAUAGCACAAUGUAAAGACUGAAGAAUGGAUCCUGCUUCUAUUGGAUUAUCAGUAUUUUAGACUUUUACGAGGUUUUCUGUGUAGUCAUUAUAAGCCAAUGAUAUUUUCUACCAUUUUUGUGCCAA